AUGAAGGAGGCACUUGCGUUGUUCCUCCUCUUAUGUGGAUCAUGCUAUUGCCGCUAUGACGCCGGUGCAGGCACGGCUCUGAACCUCUCAAACGUAGAUUCCCAGAGGGUCGACCUGACCCUCAAGACCCAGAAUGGAGUCAAAUACGCUUCCUACAUGCCACAUGAGGACGUUGAAAUCACAACUAUACUACACGGCGAGAGUGUCGUAUGGAGGGGGUACUCGGGAAGGAGCUGUGUUCUCUUGAACACCUACUCCAAGACAGGAUGCUCUACUCUCGUUGCCCUAUACACCAAGGGACAUGGCAUCCCAGAACCGCUCUACUAUGAAGUAAAGUUUGGAAACAAGUGGGUUCCCAUCGUUGAAACCGACUUUAUCGAAAAGAUCGAAAAGAUGAGGGCAUCCCAUGAUGUUGUAAUCCCACCAACUGAGGCGCCCAGGAAUAUCCAAGGGCCGGCACAGGCGGUCAAAAAAACCAACAGUGAACACCUUGGAGAACCGCUGAACAUCGCAGGCAUUGAUCCUACCAAGGUUAACCUCAACGUAGUUGCCAAUGACGAUGUCAAGCAGGUCUCCUACUUGCCGAUCGACCUCCCAUUCUCCGAGGUUUCUGACGGAAACGACGUCUUCUGGAAGGCCGGCGAGGGAGAAAAGUGCACAGGACUCCAUACGUAUGACGACGGCAAGAAUGCUGAACUCCUUGCCAUGUACAUCAAAAAGGGUUCUGAUCUAAGAUGCAAGUACUUCCUCAAGUGCAAUACCUGGAAGGAGAUUCCAAAGAAGGAGUUUGAUGGAAGACAUUUACACAUUUACGGACUCAUCCCAGAGUAUGAAUCCUCGGCAUCUGGUCUAGUCCUUGACCUUUCGCAUGCUGAUGCCUCCCAGAUUUACGUGAGUGAAAACACCAAUGGCGCUUCCACUCACAAGUCAUUCUUCCCCAAGGGUGAUUCGUUCUUUGAAAGCAUCCAAGACGGCAAAGUCACCAUUUGGACAGCCGAAGGUGAAGAGAAGUGCACAAUUGUUUAUUCCAACUCGACAAAAGGAGUACAGGGACUCACCCUCAACAUUAACAAUGAUGAGAAUACCAUCUUCAGAUACUUUGUGAAGGCUGAAGGUGAGUGGAAGAGUGCCACAAGGAAGGGAUAUGACGAACUUCUUGCCAGCGAUGUGGUGUUUGGCCUUACAUUGGAUAUCAGCAACGUCGAUUACACCACGGUCAAGAGAGUUGUGAACACUUCAGACGGUUUGAAAUACGUCUCCUACCUUCCAGAAGACGAUUCAUUCUUUGGAAGAAUCCUUGACAAGGAUGUCGAGUUGUGGACCGCAACCUCAGCUCAGGAAUGUUCUACCGUCUUUGUUUACUCCAAGAAAUCCUCUCCAUACCUCCUCUCCCUCUUCUUCAAGCACGAUUCCAAGUAUGUGUUCGAGCACUAUGAGAACUUUGGUGGAAUGUGGAACAAGGUCUCCGAGGAAGACUUUAAUGAAAAGGUGGCUGCUCUAAAGGCUUUGAAAUAUGAAGCCUACAAACUCGACAUUUCCAACAUGGACAAGAACAAGGUCACUGUAUCUUCCGAAACUUAUUCUGGCAUCACACACACAAUCACUUUGCCAAAGGGAACCGUCUCCAUUGUAUCUGUAACUGACAAAUCACAAAACAUUUGGAGUGGUGACAUGGAAACCACAUGCACCUUUUUGGGUUCAUAUUCAAAGGAAGGACACUCCGAUAUCGUCUACUUGCGCGCUGUCUCGGGAGGAAAUACCUACUAUAACUACUACGAGAAUAAGAACAACAGGUGGACUCCCAUUACCGAACAAGAGUUUACCGAAAAACACUCGGACAUGAAGAGGGAAUUAUCGCCAGAGGAGAUUUACGCAAAGUACGGUCUCAGCUUUAACCUUUCAGUCUUCGAUCCAGCAAAGGUUAGGACUCUCAGUGUUUCCAGGGGUAUAUCUUUCAGGGCAUAUCACGCAAAGGACAAGCACUUUUUUAAGGAAGUAUCAGAGGGCGGAAAUCUUGUUUGGACCGGAGAGAUGGGCAGAGAAUGCUAUGACAUUUACUUGUACCUCAGGAAGUCAUUCCCAGAUUUGCUUGCUCUAAACGUCAAGAACGGCGCAUCAUUUUCCUUUGUCUACUUUGAGAAUAUGGUUACGUCAUGGAAUGAGAUCACGGAAGAGGAGUUUUACGAGAAGCUCAAGGAAUUGGAAGUUAAGCCACAAAUGUUGGACGAUGUUAUUGACCUUACCCAUCUUCAUGAUGUCGAAGAAUUCAAGCCAUUCGAAGACAGUCCGUAUGUUGUUCUUAAAUAUGUCCCAGAAGUUGCUGUUAAGAAGGUCGUUGAAGGUCCUUACAACCUGUGGAAAAGUUCCGGUGAUGAAGCAUGCAUUUCUGCUUCCUUCUACGUCAAGGAAAAGAGACACCUACUGGCUCAACUCGUUGUUGAGGGUGGUGUUGUUGACUUGACUACUCUGUACUAUGAAAGAAGAACCUUUGGAUGGUAUAACAUCACCAGGGAACUCUUUGAUUUCAAGGUUGAAAAGCUUAGAUCAGUUUCUGAUGCCUUCUUGACUGUUUCCUUCUACACUGUCUCACUCUUGUCUGCUGUGGUUUACACUAUGACCAUGCUUUAA